AUGGAAAUAUUGAAGAAAACAAGGUUUUCACAUUCGUGUAGAGCACCCGGAGAACCAGUUCCUCCUGAUAGCAUUUUGGAUCAUGAGAAGGUUAUUUGGCUUGGGGAUUUGAACUAUCGACUCGCAUCUAAUUAUGGGGACACUCGUGAGCUACUACAGAAGAAUGACUGGCAGGCACUUUUGGAGAAAGAUCAGUUAAGGAUUGAACAAAAAGCUGGUCGUGUGUUCAAAGGUUGGGAAGAAGGAAGGAUAUAUUUCGCUCCAACGUACAAAUACCUUACAAAUUCAGACAAUUAUGUCGUCCAAACCUCUACAUCUAAACAUAAGCGACGCACUCCAGCUUGGUAA